AUGGCAACUGACUAAGUGAAUUUGUGUAAGUAUGGCGGGAACUUCUGUUGAGAGUAACUCCAGCCUGGAGAUAUCGAGCGGAGCGUCGGGUUAUCAGGCUAUUUCUCCCAACGAUAAUCCUUCUUUAAACGCAGAUGGAUUUGAAUCUGAGCCCUUCUUGUGUCAUCACCACGGAACUGUUUGUUCGGCGCGUUCUGCCACUGCUGCGGAGAAAUUCACUUGGUGCAAAACGGACGAUGAUAACUCGCCGAAUGGAGAACUUAUACGGGCAUUGAAAGACUUCAAAGCGAGAAGCCUUGCUUUAAAAGCAGCUCUAGAGGAUGAAGCCAUGGUAAAUGAUAUUCAGAAGGAGUUGUCUGACUACGUGUGUAGUUGCAGCGACCCGAAAUAUGUCCACUUAGUCAGUGGGUACCAUGUGGAGUGCAUUGAAAAGUUCUGUUCUAAGAAGGAGACCUUCACGCAAUACCACGAAAAUCGAUUUAAAACCUACUCUGACGUUGGAUCGACCAAAGCUAGUAACCAUGUCACUAGUGCAGUCGCCCCUGAGGAAUUCUACAAAUAUUCCUUCUACGGUGUGAAACAUUGGAACUACUGCGCAAAUGAUGAAGACAUUGGCGCAGUAAUAAUUACGUUGAAACCCGAAGUAACCAACCCACACUCAAAGGGAUCAUUCAGGAUAAUGGUCCGCUCAGCCCACAAUCUUGUCAUUGGACUGCUCUCUUGCUCAAGUCACCAAGUCAGUCUUUCAAGCAGAGAUGAUGUGGUACACUUUAUAAGUCAACAAGUUGAUAUUAAAGCCCCUGUCAAGCUGAUUACAAUACCUUCAGUACCAGCAGAGCUCCUCAAGAUGGACAGUGCAUUCAACAAGCAAGCCCACAAAUUUGGUGUGGUUUACAUGAAGGAAGGACAGCAAACUGAGGAAGAGCUUCUUGGUAAUGAAACUCAUAGCAAAGCAUUCGAUGACUUUUUGAAUCUGUUGGGUGAAAGAAUCAGACUGAAAGGUUUUGACAAGUACCGAGGAGGACUGGAUGGCAACAAUGAUCUGACUGGAAAAUAUUCUGUGUUUACCAAGUUUUGUAAUAGCGAGGUCAUGUUCCAUGUGUCAACUCUUCUACCAUUUGAAGAAUUCGACUCUCAGAAG